AUGAGGGCAUGGGAGAGCGAGGGACUGGGGGAGCAGGGCGUGGGGAAUGGCCAGUCCUUGCAGGCCAAGAGGGCAGCCUGUGCAAAGGCCCAGAGGCAGAACCGCCGCUGGGGGCGGGGGCGGCCGGGCGGGCAGGCGCUGACGGCCUCUCGCGUCCCAGCCCGGCAGCUGAUGAACAGCGGCAAGAACUUCUCAAGGGUGGAGGUGGGGCUGAGCUGGUCCGAGGCCCUGCGGUACUGCCGGCCGCACCACACGCACCUGGCCGAUCUGCAGAGCAUGAACAGCGUGCGCGGCAUGAGCACCCUUUACUUGCUCACCAGCAGCACCCAGGCGUGGAUCGGCCUCGUCCUCGACGUGCGCAUCCAGGGCCUGAGCUGGCCCAGCGGCUCCACCUUCACGGCCCCGGUGUGGAGCUCGCUGCCCGUCUUCAAGGAGGGGGUCUGUGCCACCCUGUGUUCCAUCUCCAUUUUCCCCAGCCUGGGGGCCGCCUCGUGCAUGGCGCAGAAGCCCUUCAUCUGCUACUACGACCCUGCUGUGGGUCACCGCAUCUUCACGGAGCCUGCUCUCAGUCCGACCACCUUUCCAAAGCCAGCCAUGGUUCAGGUGGGCUGACAGACCUUCCUGCAACUUGCGCAGGAGGUGACGUGGCAGGCGGCCCGGAGGUACUGCCACAAGCACCCCACGGACCUGGCCGACCUGCAGCUGGUGACCGACGAGACGGAGGCCUGGGUUGGCCUCUACUUCAAUGCGGCCUCCGGGGCCCUGAGCUGGUCAAGCGGCCUGGGCUCCAGCAUCCCGCCCUGGCUUCAGGUGCCCGAGUUGGGGACAGGACUGUGCGCGGGGCUCCGCACCUAUGCGCGCUUCUCCCCCAGAGUGUAUUCGCUGGUCUGCUCUGCCCUGAAACCUUUCAUCUGCUUCUCCGCUGUGGCCACUGAAGGAACUGGCAGCGGGAGGAGAGACACGGCCACGGCCUCUCAGGCCCAGGUCUGAGCGCAUCUAAACACCCAGUCUAAAGAAACCACCACAGCACCUGCACCAGGGCAGCUCUUUGGAAUCCUGAAAGCAGAUUUUACCAUCCCAGCUCUGAUGGACCCAGAAGAUAUGAAAGACCAAUUUUUGAGUGAGAUCCAAGAAGUCUUAGAGCUUACAUUAGGUCAUGAGCAAUUCAGAUUGAAAUGGGUUGACUUCGAAGUAAACAAAAAAGAGCCCACGUCAACUGAUCUGGAGUCGCCUUCUCAUACAGUUUUCUCCGGAUUUUGAGUGAAUUUUAGUCUUUUCAUUCCUGUAGAUUAGACUACACAUUUGUUCCAGACUUUUAGAAGUAACUCCAGCUAAAUGAAGGGCUAACUGGUAGGAUUUCAGACCCGCACCUCACACACAAGAAAAUUAUGUAAAAGAAAAAAAAUGGCCUUCCUGGAUUUUAUAAGAAAUAGGUAAGCAGAAGCAGAUGGAAGUAUUUGGGGACAGUAACCUGGAGAAUGACAAGCAAACAAGAACACAAAACCCCAACAAAGCAACAAAAAUCCUGACACAAACCCCAUUAAUCUACCUAGGGAAUUAAGAGAGGACAGUAGUGGGCUGGCUGGGAAGCUAAGUGAGGCAUCGCUUCCGAAUGACGUGGAGGACACUUUCCUUCCGAGCCACGAGCUAUUAAAGAGAUUUCAAGUUCUUCCGAAUGAGGAGCUCUCUAAGGGCAUCAUCACAAUAUAACAUAUUAAUGCGAGCUAUUUGUCCUACUACACGUAAAUUUUUACUUGUUAAUUGGGAAAUUCUCUGACACAUCGUUCUCAAUGUUAAACUAUUAAC